AUGUUGAUUUUCUUCACACUCUUGGAUGUUCUACACAUGACACCUCUUCCAUUAGACAUUUUACAUCAAGUACGCUCUUGUGGAUAUCAGUUUCUCAUGCACCAAAUGUUCCCUUCAAUCAAAAAUGACUAUUUCAGUGUACCGAAAAAAAAGCAGGAGAGCUUGGUUUCAGUUGGUCAAGGUCUCGGCACAUCUAAAGGGCACAGUAAAGUGAUGUUGUCAGAUGCUUUUAUUUAUGACAAUAUUCUCUGCUGUCUUCAUCAUCUUCUUCCCUCUGAGGUAGUGCGUUUUUGUAAUCAUAUUUCUUACUUCCGUAAAUCUCAUCAGAGAGGACUUCUUCUUCUGAUUGGUUCUCAACUACGGGACUGUAUACCUGACCCUUCUCCGACCAAUACGAUACAAGAUAUUGGUAGAAUCGAUCUCUCUCAUGUACUAGACAUUACUCCCAAAAUCUUUCGUAUCAUUGUAUUCUCUGUUCCGUCUCCAACUACCUUUAGCCCAGUUAUCUCUCUGGCUAAAUGCAAGUUUUUCUGGUGCAUGGUCAUCCACCACUCUUCAUGGAACGUCUGGUAUCGUUUUCUCCUUGACAAACUUUCUUGUAGAUUCUGUCUCAAUGAAAUUCUACCUGCAAAUUUUCCUUAUCCAAAAUGCCGUCUGUGUCAAAACACAUCCAAUAUAGCAGCUCACUUUAUCUUCCUUUGUCCGUAA